AUGGCGGUCGGCGAGUUUUUCUUCACUCCUUUGGUUCUUUUACUCGUUCCAAAAUACUGCCACGAUGAGUUCUUUAUCAAGUUCAACUUCUUCGACGGUAUGUAAAAUAGCUUACUAAAAGUUCAAGCUUGAGUUUCUUUUCUGAAAAUAGGACUGAAUUUGUUUUUCCUGCUUUUACCCUUGGGCAAUUUGAUCAAUUCUGAAAUGGGACAACUUUUAAUCUUUGAUUCCAUGGAUUAAUAUUAAUAUUUGUUUACAUAUUACCUAUUUUUGUAAUGUUCCAGUUCCUUGUUUGAAGAUCGCGCUGAGCAAAACGUUGGGUUAUGGAAUCGUAGCUGGUUCUUCAAUCAGUAAGUGCAUUGUGUAUUAAAAUUGAUUGACAGAAUUUUUUAAACUUUUUUAAAUGACUUAAUAUUUUCUUUAAGUACUUAUUGAUUUUUUUUAUCCAUGUGUAAAUUCGAGUGAAUUCUGUUAUUUAAAUUAUUUCUUACCUUGGUAUUCUAGUUUUUUACGAUUUGUUUAUUACAAAUUUUAGUAGUUUCAUGGGGCCAUAAGGGGUAGUACACUGUUGGUCAGUAAUUAUGCACCCUAUUGAAAUUAAAGUGUUCAUUGUAAUUGAUUUAUUGAGGUUAUAUAGCAUAAUUUUUUAAACUGGUUGAAUAGAAAAGUCAGUUUUUCCCUCUAUAUGUACGCCCCCUCACUGUUAUUUGGUGAAGUUUCAUUUUUGUGUCUGUACCCCUUAAAAGAUGACAAGUUUUUACAAAGUGGUCAUUGGGUUGGCAUUUAAUUUUCCUUCCAAGACCUUGAUGCUGGCAAAAGUUAGAUGUUUUGGGUCAACUUCCAGCUGUACUUACUAGGAUGGAAGGGGGGAGGGGUGGCAGAUGGCUAGGGUGCAAAAAUAAAAUGCAGUUGAUGCAGACAAGAUCACCCAACCUGUUACUGCAUUUUAUUAUUUAUAUGAUCAUUUCCAGGCAACUGGGUCUGGCAAAUUGCCUAGAAAUGAUGAUGGAGAUAUCUGCUAAAAUUGACAGAGAAAUUCUGUCAACAUGAAUAGAGUUUACCAUCUUUUAUAUACAAUUCUAUACCCCAGGGCCUAGUUCCUGAAUGGCCGAUUAGCACUAAUCCAGGAUUAAAAUUUUGUUCCACUUUACGUAUUUAACUUCCUAUGCAUUGCUUAGAGUAACAUUUUGUGUUAUUAUUACAGAAGCUCAAAGUUAAGGCUCAACAGUAUUUUGUAAGCUUGAGUUACAUGUUCUAAGACAAGAAAACCUUGCUUAAAAUAUUGCUUAAUCUUGGGUUAAACUUAAUCAUCUUUCGUGAACUGGGCCCUGGUGAAAGAGAUGCCCCUUUUGGUGCAUUCCUUUGAAAUAGUGUUGUCAAUGAUUGUCUAACAGUAUGCUUUGUUAUCAUGUGUAACAGUCAAAAUCCCUCAAAUAAUCAAGGUGAUUCAAGCAUCAAGUGUGGAGGGUCUUAGCUUGCUCUCAUUUCUUCUUGAACUUGUUGCAUUAACUGCUACUGCAUCUUACAGUAUUGCCAAAGAAUUCCCAUUCAGGUAUUUAAUAUUGAUUUAUAAUGCAAUAUUUUGUGUUCUUGGAUGAGGGUCAUCGUAAAAGUGAUCACUUGAGUGUCUUUUGAAAAUGUUUCAUUAAUUUGAAAUGUCCCACCAUAGGAUCUCAUACACUGACUCAAAAAAAUUAGAACUACAGUAGAUCUAGUGAAAGUACUUAUAGAAUAGUCGACCGAUGGAUCUCAUCCACAGACUCAGAACUUAGAACUACACACUGUCCCUUUGAUGAUAGAGUCGGUUUCUCCAUUCAAACCUGCUGGCUACUUCAAUUUUUAUUGAAACCCCUGGUAUAUCUUUUUCUAAGUACUGAAUUCACACCUUUUAAGUUUUGCAUUUUUCUGUUUUAGUUCCUGUGGUGAGAGUUUCUUCAUGUCCGUUCAGACUGUGCUUCUUAUCUGCCUUUAUUUUUAUUACACCAACAAAGCCUUGCUUUCUCUCCUGUUCCCGGUACUGUAUGGUGGCAUCUUUUAUGUUCUAGUAUCUGGCCUGACACCCAUGGCUGUCUUGGUCCAACUCGUUUCACUUCAAAUUGUCUUUCUAGGAGUAAGCAGGGUAAGUACAAUGUCAACACAACAAUUUUGUGUAUGUUACAAUAAAACCAAUAGCCAAGGGAAGCAGCCAUCUGUAGUGUGAUUACAUGUAUGUCCAACAAAAGGCCUUUAGCAACAUUAUUGUUGGUCAUGUGAUCAACUUUCUGUAAACACAAAAACAGUUCGCUUUUGGAAAAUUUUGUUAGCGGGAACUGAAAAAGCAUAUUGAAAUAAGGUAACCUGUAAAUUUUCAACCGUAUAUCUCAAAAGAAACGAAUUGCAGUGAAAGCUGAAAAUUAGAAGGAUUUGUAUGGGAAAAGCAACUCUUGUCACCCAGUCACACACAGUUAAAUGGUUUUCCAUUCAAAUCCUUGUAAAUUUUGUUAUUGUCAAACUAUCGUAAAAUAACUCCGUGCGCAUUAUGAGGCUCAAAUGCUCUUUUGUUUUCAUAACAGACAAUUUGAACCCUUAAAACCGUGAGGGAAUGAUUUAAUGACAGUUUGAAAAGUUCAAAAUUUACAAGAACUUCUUUCACUGUCACUCUGUGAUCAUGAGAUCAGGUCCUCUUUGAAGAGUCCUGGCUUUUUGCACAAUGCACAGUAAGUAAACUGUAGCACUGUUGUUUUAACCUUAAAGUUUUGCCAGUGGUCACAACCAGUCUCCUCUACUAACUGUGAUUACAUCAAGGCUGUGCUCUAGCGGAGCCAGGUGGCCCCCUGGCACCUAGCUUUUGCUCCUUAGCAACAAAAAAUUAAUACCGUAAAUCCUCUGUUAUGUCCUCCUCUCAAAGAAGCCCCCUUUUCAGGGGUAGGUAGUUAAUAACUUUGUAUGGACUGAUCCAGGAUGGUUUAUUCACCAACUGGAAGCUCUGAUUUGUAUCCUCGGCUGCAUGAUCAGGGAAAAGGGCUCCCUAAAACGUUUCCUAGAGCGCAGCCUUGUGCAUGUAAUACAAACCAGAAUUGCCUUUCAUCUGGAUCUUUGUGUUGUUUUUGAAAGAAUUCUUUUCCCACCUAUAGCUCUUGCAGAUAGUUGCAAACUUCCGCAAUGGUCACACUGGGCAGCUAUCAUUCAUCAUGGUGCUGCUGCUGUUUCUAGGAGCCAUGGCACGCAUCUUCACAACCAUACAGGAGACAGGCGACAAAGUUAUGCUGGUGACCUUUCUCGUCUCCACAGUCCUGAAUGGCACUCUUGUAUUCCAAGUUCUAUUCUACUGGAAUGUCAAGCCAGACUCGAAGAAAAAGCAAGCUUAGUUAUUUAUUCUUAGAAAACGUUCAUUUACUCUGGAGAAGCCUUUUUUUGUUCAAAUUCACAAAUGGGACCUUGAAUUUUUCUAGUCAUUAUUUCAAUAAUUUUUGAUGUUUGAAUUCGAGAACUGAUAACACGCGAAAACCACCCAAUGUAGAAUCUUUUGAAAAAAUUAAUGUCAGGUGAUCCAAGACAGUCUUGAAUUCUGGAUUCCA